AUGAACUCUAAAGCUUUAAGUAAUUUGCAAGGUUAUUAAGAAACAGAGCGUAAAUGCCGAGAAAAAUUUCCUUUAAUUGAUGUAAUUAUUUUUCAACUAUAAGUAAUGUCAAAGCAUUUGGAAUAACCAAAUUGAUGUUAAAGAAUGCUAAAAUUAAUUAUCAAUGUUUAGGGAAUGUUUUAGUAAAUAUAAGCCAGCUGCUUACUAACACAAAGGAAGAGAACCAGAUAAAGAUUGA